UUAUUUUUUAUUGCGUAGGUAGUUAAAAAACAUUAUAACAGGGAAAUCGGGGUCACGUUCAAUGACACCGCACGCAGUCACCGAAUAUUUCUGUGUCUUACGACACUACCGCACCGUCAGUGGAACGAUUACCUCAUAGCAUCUACCUAUUAUUAGUUGGAUACACAAGCUUCCAUCAAUGCCGCCUGCCGGCAUGCCCUAGUAACCACGGAGCCGCGCCGCAACACGAACGUACGAAAUGUCAAAACCCGCAGUCCUCGUGUGUUAUUUCGUGGCGCAAAUACUCGCCGCGCAAGCCUACAGAAUACUCGGAAUAUUCCCGUCCCUGGACCGGAACAAUUACCUCACGUACCGCGGAUUGUUUCGGGAACUGGCGAAUCGGAACCACGAAGUGACCCUUAUAAGCCACUUUCUAUUGCCCGACGCGCCGGCCGGCUAUCGAGAUGUACAGCUCAGUGAGAAUCAUAUCUACAAAGGACUGUCGUUCGAAUCUGUUAUAGUGAAUGAAAUAUCGCGAGUGCCUUUCGAGACGUUACGGUCGACUAAAGUUGGAAACGACGACUGCAAGACGCUUAUGAAUAAUCAUGACGUACUCCACAUGAUAAGAACUCGUCCUCGAUUCGAUGUGAUAAUCGUGGAAUCUUACAAUAGCGAUUGCGCGCUUGCUUUGGCGGCAAAUUUGAGUGCACCAUACAUCGCGUUCAACCCUCAGCCGCUCCAUCCAUGGCAUUACAGCAGAUUAGGGAUUAAUUUCAAUCCCGCGUAUGUUCCCCAAUCGUUGCUACCGUACGGAAAACAGCCGUGGUUUUUUGACCGUGUGAAAAGCUUCGUGCUGUAUUAUAUCAGCAACUGGGUGUAUUACAUCGGAUCGCAGUUGACGGAUCACGUGUACCUGUAUAAGUAUUUAGGGGACGAUCUGGCGGCUCUGGAGAGCAUAGCGUCGAACGCGAGCGUCGUGUUUGUAAACACGCACAAAUCAGUUUUCGGUGGCGUUGUGCGCCCUGAUAAUGUUGUGGAUGUUGGAGGGAUUCACAUUAGACCCCCGAAGAUUAUACCCACGGAAAUCGAGCGGUUCAUAAACGAAGCGGAACAUGGUGUAAUAUACGUGAACUUGGGCUCCACUGUCAAGGACUCCACAAUGCCCAUCGAGAAGUUAAACGAGCUGGUCGCAACAUUCAGGAGAUUGCCUCUCAGAGUGCUUUGGAAGUGGGAUGGAGCCAAUUUGGAGAAUCUGCCAAGAAACAUUAUGACUAUGAAAUGGCUGCCACAGUAUGAUAUCUUGAAGCACGACAACGUGAAAGCCUUCGUGUCACACGCUGGAAUCCUCAGCAUCAUUGAAGCAUUGGAUGUUGGCAUACCAGUCGUAGCUAUACCCUUAUUCGGAGAUCAGUACGGUAACGCUGCUGCCCUGGUAGAUGCAGGAGUGGCAACUAUUGUAACAUUCGACAGCUUGCGGAAAGAAUUGCUAUUGGAUGCAAUGAAUGAAGUUUUGGAUCCAAUGUGGCAACAACGCGCAAAACUUGUUUCUCGAAUCUGGCACGACCGUCCAAUGUCCCCUCUCGAGAGCGCUAUCUACUGGAUCGAGUAUGUAGCCCGAUACAACGGAGCGCCAAACUUAGUGGCGGCAUCUGCAAGCGUUCCAUGGUACCAGCAAAUGCAACUGGAUGUUUUGGCCUUCGUCGGCCUCGUAGCUUAUAUUCUUCUGUACGUUUUGUACAAAAUAUUGAGCGUAUGCUGCUGCUGCUGUUGUCAGAUCGAACCACCAACAGAAGAAUUAACUCAAGAAAGAAGGCAGAAAGCUGUUAAGUUUGAAUAAUGAACUGUUUAUAUUUAGACGCUAUCAAAUUAAAGAGGAUUGAUUUAAGUUCGUUGUUCUGUGAAUAGAACGAAGUAAGAUCUGAUUUUUUUUCGUUUUGUAGCUUGAGUUGCAAAAUUUUGGCAACGGCUUUAAUACAAAAUAUUAAUCUUAAUGUGCAUAGAUACUUAACUGUAAAAAUGUGACUACAUAGACUGGUGACUUGAUUUAGGUAUUUAUUAAUAAAUAUUUAUAGUGGUU